UGUUUACUUGUUUUUCUUGUUUUUCUUGUUUUCUUGUUUAAGGCAGAAAAUUCACGUCUUUGGUGAUAAUUAAGCGAAAUAGAGAAGAAGAGAAAGAAAAGAAGAAGAAGAGGAAGGAGAGAAAGAUCCCAGGAAGGCAAUGAAAGCGAAAAUAUAAAAUAUUUGUGACACCAUUGUGGAGGGUGCGGAUGUGCUGUGGCCACGAGGAAUGAUAGGGAAGGACUUACAGAAAAGUGACAUUUAGAACUCUGGCCGUGUGGGGUGCUGUGGACUUAGUCUCUGAGCGGUGAUAUGCUGCAGAUAUUUUUGUCAUUUUGCGCAUGAGAUGGAAGGAACUUACUUGGUCCACGAAAACCAGUGUUUGCCUGCGGUGAUGUGCACCUCGGAAGCCAUUUAGUAACUAUGUAUAAACCAGGGUAUCACUGGAAAAUAGAGAAGAGACCCUCUAGAACUAAAUCAUUAUGUUGUGUGCCAUGAUCCUAAGCUAAGCAGAGAGAAGUGCCAAUGUGUGCCGCGUGUGGAAGUUCGUAAUGGGGUCUUGUUGCUGCAAGACACAACCGGAACAUGGGGGCAAUGACGACAUCAUUAUUGACAGAAGAGAUCUAGAAUUCUUCUCCGGAUCUGGAAGUGAAGAUGGUAUCAACAGUGCCGGACUUUCGACAGUUACAGACAAAUAUGUCCUUGAUACCCUUGCAGUUAUAAGAACCUUAGUUGAUAAUGACCAGGAGCCGCCACCGUCCAUGCUAAAGCUGCACACCAUUGCCGACAAAGAGGCGGGCUGGCUGGUUGUGGUGCGUUCCAUGGUGCAAGUGAUUCCCCUCCAUGACCCGCUGGGACCUGCAGUCAUCACGCUGUUACUGGAUGACUGUCCUCUGCCAAGCAAGGAAACUGUGGUGCAUCUCUGUAAAUUCUUUGAAUUGAGCGAGGAAAGUGCACAAGAAAGCUGGAAAGACCCUCAGCUGCAUCGUAAUAUCUGUGUGGUACUUGGAUGUAUUGCUGAGAAGCUUGCUGGUCCUGCGUCCAUAGCUCUGCUUACCGAUACUACACUAGAAUAUCUUGUGGCACAUCUUAAUGUAGACAACCACCCUUGUGUCAUCUUAUUUGCCCUCAUAGCUCUUGAAAAAUUUGCCCAGACAAGUGAGAACAAAACAAGCAUAGGGCAGUAUAUGGGACAGGGUCUUUGUAAUCCCCUGAGAACCUUGGAACAGUGGAUGAGCGACAGUGAUUAUGUUCGCCGUCAAGUGGGCUUUUGUGCUCAAUGGUGCUUGGAUAAUUUGUUUAUUUGUGAAGGUCGUCCAUACUCCUACGAAAAUGUAGAUACAGCUCAUUUAAAUGCAAUGCUGAAUAAUAAUGAUGUUAGCGAGUACCUUAAGAUAUCUCCAGAUGGUCUACAAGCACGUUGUGAUGCUUCAUCUUUUGAAAGUGUCAGAUGUACCUUCCAAGUUGACUCUGGUGUUUGGUAUUAUGAGGCUACUAUCAUUACAGCGGGAGUCAUGCAGAUUGGCUGGGCAACUAAGGAUAGCAAGUUCCUGAAUCAUGAGGGAUAUGGAAUUGGGGAUGAUGAAUUUUCUGUGGCAUAUGAUGGGUGCAGACAGUUGUUCUGGCACAAUGCCCAGAGUGAAAGUCACUUGCACCCUAGCUGGCAGCCUGGAGAUGUUCUGGGGUCCCUCCUUGAUCUAACUAAUGCAGAAGUCAUUUUCUACCUGAAUGGUGACCCAUUGCCACCUCUAACAGAAGUUUUCAAUAAUGCCACAUGUGGAUUUUUUGCAGCUGCUAGCUUUAUGUCCUUCCAGCAGUGUGAGUUUAAUUUUGGGAAGAAGCCAUUCAUGCAUCCUCCUAAAGACAUUGCCUUCCAGAGCUUCAAUGAUCAUGCUUACCUGAAAGAGAGUGAAAAAAUUAUUUUACCAAGGCACAUUAAACUUCAGAAACUGAGAGCAAUGAGUGUUGAGGAAGGAGCAUGUACGUUAUGUUUUGAUGAGAGGGCCACUAUCUCACUUAUGCCUUGUUUACACAGAGGCUUCUGUGAAAGAUGUGCCCUGCAGUUAGAGAUCUGUCCAAUGUGUCGUCGAGACAUUGAAGAAAGACGAGAGGUAGAUGAAAAGUCUGAUGGAAAAUCUGAGAUCACAUGACCUUAGCGGAAUGCUGGUGCCGAGGCAGGGGCAUCAGACAACCUCUACUUAUUAAGGUAAUGGAAGUGGGAUGUGCUUCUCGAAAAAUAGAAAAUGGGAAUGAGAAAUUCACAAGUAUUGACCCCCCACCCUCCGAUCCAUGGAUUGUAGUAUUAUUUAUUGAGACUCCGUUGUAAAAGAAAAAAAAAAACUUGAAUAAGAAAGAAACUGUUUCUUGUUGUUAGAAAAUUAAAUAUGCAUGAAUCCAGUGCAAAUUUAAUAACUUGUAAGAUCUGAUGGAAAAUUCAGACUUUCAUAUCAUUUUGUGCAAAUAUUCGUAUUGUUACUGCAGCAUGUUGAUAAUAGAACAUUUAAACAUUCUUGAAAAAUAAGGAAAUAUUUAUAUUUGUAAUAUUUUUGUCAACUGUUUGAAUUGGUAUUAAUUCAUAGCAUUUCAUAUACAUUUUCCUUUUACAUGUACUGGGUAAUCAUAAAGCAGAGUUACUGUUCUUUCUUCCCUUCCGUGUUUGCUAUUUUCUCAUUUUAUGUUAUCAGAAUUUGAAUUAUAAAGCAGUCAUAUGAAACUCUUGUGUCCUGUUAUUGCUUUCAUUACUGUUUAUACCAUAGUCCAGUUUUAGUUAUUUUUCAGAUUUUCAAACAGUAUUUUUAAAAGUGAUCAUAGAGGACUGUAUGUUCUGUAUACUUUUUUUCCCUUGUUUAAAUUUUUGCUUCAGAAUCUGUGUCAAUGAAUAUUUAAUAUCCUCAAAUAAUAUCUCAAUGUUCUUGAUAAUGAAUCAGGUACAUUAUUUAUGAUCUUUGAUAUAUUUGUGGGUCACCCUAAGAGUAUUUUUUUUUUUUUUUGUAUGUA